GAGAGAGAGAGAGAGAGAGAGAGGAGGAAGGACAGGGAGGAGGAACUGGGUGUUGCAUUCUGUUCCCCUCCCCCCCUUCGCUCUCUCUCGCUCUCUCUUCUUCUCUCGUCUUCCCGUCUCUUCUUUUUCUUCUUCCCAAUCCAAUGCGGAUGGAGGAGAAGAGAGGGGAGGGGAGGAGCUCUCGUCGAGGCCGGUGAUUAGGGUUUCGAGAUCUCGGACGGCGGGCCGAAACAUGCACAUGAUGCAGCGGCUGAAGAGCAUUGCUUCGGGGCGGUCUUCGGUCUCGGAUCCCGGUGGGGACUUAACGACCAAAAGAGCAAAGUUUGAUCAAGAAGGAGGAGGAGAAAUUCUUGUGGAGCGGCAUAUGGUUGAUGAUGUGGCUUCUACCGUGGAUCUACAUAUAUCUUCAUCUCAUUUGAAUUUUGACGCAAGCACAUUAACCACUGAACCUCCUGCGAGAUUUGAAGGUGCAACCAUGGAUCAACUUCCGAGGGAAAUGCAUGGGAUGACAAUCCGAGAUAUUAAAACUGAUGGCCACAUUGAGACGGAAUUCGAUGGGACAAUGAUUAAUGGUAAAGGAACUAUGACCGGACAGAUUCUUGCAACAGUAAUUGGUGGCCGGGAUGGCCAGCCAAAACAGACAAUCUCAUAUAUGGCAGAACGUAUUGUUGGCACUGGUUCAUUUGGUGUAGUCUUUCAGGCUAAAUGCGUGGAAACAGGGGAAGCAGUUGCCAUCAAGAAGGUUUUACAGGACAAGAGAUACAAGAACAGGGAACUUCAGAUUAUGCUCUUACUUGACCAUCCAAAUGUAGUUCAGCUAAAGCACUAUUUUUUUUCAACUACUGAGAAAGAUGAGAUCUACCUAAACCUUGUUCUUGAAUAUGUCUCUGAGACACUUCAUCGCACCGUGAAGUACUAUAGCCGGAUGAACCAGCAUGUACCUCUCAUUUAUGUUAAGUUGUAUACAUACCAGAUUUGUCGUGGACUUGCUUAUAUUCAUCAUGUUGCAGGGGUGUGCCAUCGGGACAUUAAGCCACAAAAUUUGUUGGUCAAUCCUCACACUCAUCAAUUAAAACUUUGUGAUUUUGGCAGUGCCAAAAAGUUGGUUCCAGGAGAACCUAAUAUAUCAUACAUUUGCUCACGGUAUUAUAGGGCACCUGAGCUUAUUUUUGGGGCUACAGAGUAUACCACAGCUAUUGACAUGUGGUCUGUUGGUUGUGUGUUAACUGAGCUUCUCAUAGGACAGCCUUUAUUUCCUGGGGAAAGUGGUGUUGAUCAGCUGGUGGAAAUCAUUAAGAUUUUAGGCACCCCAACACGAGAAGAAAUCAAGUGUAUGAAUCCAAAUUGCACAGAAUUCAAAUUCCCUCAGAUCAAAGCUCAUCCUUGGCACAAGCUUUUCCACAAGUGGAUACCUCCUGAAGCAGUUGAUCUUGUAUCGAGGCUGCUUCAGUACUCGCCUAAUAUGCGUUUUACAUCUCUGGAGGCCUGUGCUCAUCCAUUCUUUGAUGAGCUGAGAGACCCUAACACACGUUUGCCGAAUGGAAACCCCCUUCCUCCUCUGUUCAGCUUCACAACUCAAGAGCUUGAAGUUGCUUCCCCUGAACUGGUACGACGCCUAAUUCCUGAGCAUGUGACGUGCAGUCGAUGACCAUAACAUCAAAUCUGCUGGUACUCUGAAGAACUCAAAAGUGGAUCGCAUGACAUCUACAACAUCCUUCGCAUGUCUGUAGCCCUGAAGUGACUGAUGAUCGGACAUCAAUCUGAUUCGUAGGAAGACAAACAUAUUUGAAGGAGAUUUUUAUUUUGCGGUAAGGCAGAAAUCUGCCCACUUGUUUUUCCUAUCGUUAUGGAGAACCUCGAGAAUUUUUUAGUACAUUUCAAGGAGGCUUCAGGGCAUCGCAGGAGAAGCAUUAGUUUCUCAGAGAUAUAUGUUUGUACCAUGUGAUGGAUGAUGAUAAAUCACUUACCAGUUGUUGUAGAUUCACAUUAUGAGGUUAAUUCAAGUGUUGCCGAAAUUUCAUUGUA